UAGGAGGGGCAAAAAAAUCUUUGUAUGAGAAUUUUGCUUGCAUUGAACAUAGGCGAUUUGUACAAGUUUAUUUUGAACUUGUAUUUAUUGACAGCAAAUUGCAAUGCCUGAUAUACUUGAUAAAUGGAUUGAUAUAGCUAAAGAAUGUAAAUAUUUGCCAGAAAAUGAUUUAAAGAAACUGUGUGAUAUUGUAUGUGAUCUUCUUCUUGAAGAAUCAAAUAUACAACCAGUCUCAACACCUGUUACAGUUUGUGGAGAUAUACAUGGACAGUUCUAUGAUUUGGAAGAGCUAUUUCGAACUGGUGGUCAAGUACCAGACACAAAUUACAUAUUUUUGGGUGAUUUUGUAGACAGAGGAUAUUACAGUUUAGAAACAUUUACACGUCUUCUUACUCUGAAAGCAAAAUGGCCAGACAGGAUUACACUGUUAAGAGGGAAUCAUGAAAGUCGGCAAAUCACUCAAGUGUAUGGCUUUUAUGAUGAAUGCCAAACUAAAUAUGGUAAUGCCAAUGCAUGGCGCUAUUGCUGUAAGGUGUUUGAUCUUCUGACUGUUGCUGCGAUAAUUGAUGAGCAGGUACUCUGUGUUCACGGAGGACUCUCACCAGAGAUCAGAACAUUAGAUCAAGUAAGAACUAUUGAAAGAAACCAAGAGAUACCACACAAAGGAGCUUUUUGUGAUCUAGUGUGGUCUGAUCCUGAAGAUGUGGAUACGUGGGCUGUUAGUCCAAGAGGAGCAGGCUGGCUCUUUGGGUCAAAAGUCACUCAUGAGUUCAUGCAUCUGAACAAUCUAAAAUUAAUAUGCAGAGCUCACCAGCUUGUCCAUGAAGGUUAUAAGUACAUGUUUGAAGAGAAGCUUGUGACUGUAUGGUCUGCACCAAACUACUGUUAUCGCUGUGGAAACAUUGCUGCUGUGUUGGCCUUCACUGAUGUAGAAAAUCGCACUGCUAAGUUAUUUCAUGCUGUUCCAGACUCUGAGCGUGUGAUUCCUCCCCGUAACACUACUCCAUAUUUUUUAUAAGUGAUCGUUUUAGUUUUUUUCUGUACAAUAUAAAAUAAAUUGGCCUAGUGUUUCAUGUGUCAAUAUCACAGGAUAUGUAUACAGGAGAAACAGUAUAUACUCUCCACUAUCAAAGGUUUUGUUAUCAAACAUUAAGGGUAUUAUCUACUGUGUUUCUAUUUUGGGAACAUUUGUAAUCUCUUGUCAUUUAUCAAAAAUAUUUUUUACUCAUUUAGUUUAUUCUCAGAAAAAUUUGUAAUCCAGCAUGCAUGCUGAGGGUUUUCAGUUGAAUUAUCAAUAAUUUUUUUUUGUUUCCUAAAAGAUGACAUAUUUUUCAUGUACAUAAAGUUUUUCUUCAAGACAUAAAAUAUUGUUUCAGAUUUAUGAACUUUAAUAAUGCUUCAGUUUUGCUGGUAUGAAAAGGGUUGUGUUGAUUUGAAAAUUCGGCGUAACCACACAUAUUUUUAGGUUUUGUGAACAAAUAUGGUAUUGAUGCAUAAUUGUGUAAUAUCAGAACUUAAUAAAUCAAAACUUACGAAUAAAUUUUCAAAGUAUGUUAGCUCUACUAUUUGUAAAAUAGCUGUUGUCUUCAUUUGCUUUUUAUGUUGUAAUACAUCAUAAACAGAUGAUACCCAAGUCAUGGAGAAAUAAACUUCUGUUGAGGAAAGGGGGAAUUUGGCUUGCACACCAAAAAGAACUUCCUUAAAGAAUUUGUCUGUUUAAACCAUUACAACAAUACUUUUCUAAAAGUUUAAUAUAAAAUAUUAUCUUGUUCUUCUUAUGAAGCAAAGGUUUUGAUAGGUUGAUGAAUCUACAGAAACCUACUACUUUUUGCCUAGCUUGAGCAACUCGUUAAACCAAUUUAUUUUCUUUUUGUAAUCUGUAAAAAGUUAUUUCAAAUGUCUUUAAAAAGUAUUUCAUAUUUCACUUGAAUCAAUUAAAUGCUGCUCUUAAGUAAGGCUUGAUCAAACCGCUUUGUUCCGGUAUGAUACAGGGUUCUCUAGAAUGAUAAUGUCCACCUCAGAUCAGAUAAGUUCAGAAAAAUAGGUCAAAGAACAAGGUGGAUUCAACUUUUAAGCAUCUCCACCCUUCCAAUUUAAGUGAAUAAUGUGUUUUGUGUAUGCAAUUUACUUAACUGGUAAAAUCCUAUUCAAAUGGUAUGUAGACUACUGUGAGACUUUUUUUUUAACUUGUAAAACCCAUAUUGGUCAUGUUCUGCUCGUUAUGGAAUUUUGUUUUAGUAAUUUGUAAACUAAAAGUUACAAUAAAUGCAGGUUUUUUUCUUAUAAUCAUUCCAGUUUCUCUAUAAUGUUGAUCUGAAAUUCACUUGGUAUAAGCUCUGCAAAAAAUAACCCAAUUUUUCAAUACAUACAGUGAUGAUUCAUGAUCUGUAAUUCACUCUCGUAAUCAGUUAUCAUAAAUACCAUACUUUAAUUACUCAAUACUAAUUUUGUUACUAUGGUAGUAGUAUUUGAAACAUAGUGUAAGUUUAUUCAUUAUUUUGCACUAGCCUUAAAUAACUAGUUAUGCUUGAAAAACCAUCAAUUUGAUCCAGUAGCAACAAAAGAUAGAAGAAUUAUUCACUAAUCUUCAUCAAUACAAGGGUAUAUUUACUUUAAUAUUUGCUGUCACUUCAUGAUGUAUUAUAGAAAGUGUUAUGGCACCAUUUUUUUAGUUAAGAUGACAAAAACCUCUAUUAUAUGUAGUUCAAUUUCACAUCAAGCAAGAAUGACAAUUUCCCACUGAUUGGCUAUUUUAGACAUGUUAUUGGUCAUUCACGAGAUCGAUGCAAGUUCAAUGAGAUAAAAAAAUUGUGAUAUUGGGGGAGUUGGAAGCUGAAUACAAAAUUCUCUUGCAUAUGUUGCAGAAAAUCUUUUUUUUACAAGACCUAGAAGUAAACGCUGGAUUCUGAAAUUCUGCUUCAUCUAUGAUAAACAGCCUUUCUAACCAGGCUGAACUACUCAAUAUUAGAACUAGCAUGUUUGAUGUCACUUUCAAACUCACUGUCAAUGAAAAUGCACACAAGGUACAUGGAGUUAUUAAAGGCUUAUUUAAGUUAAUUGCCCUUAUCUGGAAAACAUCAGGUUGAAAACAUAAAAUGUCAUGUUGUGGAAAUUUGUUUUUUUUUUUUUUAUUAGUGCACAAUAACAGUACAGAAAUAUCAAUUCUCUGUGAAUAUCUUAAUCUUAAGUUAAAAUGUGCAAAUUUCAUUUAAAUAAAAUAAACAUUUUCUAUCCUCCUUCAAUCCUUACUCCAGGCUUUUGUGCUGACCAUGGAUACAGUUAUGCUUGCCGUUAACCUAAGAUAUUUUAAGCCUUAUUUAUUCUCAUCCCUGAUCAAAUUAUCCACAUGGUGGUCAGUAAAAUUUGUUGAUAAUUAGGACAAGAAAUAUCGGAAAAUGUUCCCAUAAAGUUUUUCAGGUAGAAUAUGACAAAUAGGAAUCAUUAGUUGACAUAAAUGAUUUUUCAGAAGUUUUAAAGACAAGAUCAAAUCAAAUUUAGUUAUGUGAAAUAGCAUUGUUGGGUAAAUAUAUCAUGAUUUACCCUAUCAUUAAAAAAUUACAUAAAUUAGAACCGGGUAAUAGUAAUGUUUAUGUAAACUUGAUUUUGCUACAGAAAUGACAAAAGGAUCAUGUUUUUUUUUACCUGUUCCAAAUAUUUUUAUUGUAUAAUAGUGAAAGUGCUUUAGUGUUUUGAUUUGUACAUGCUUUAUUUGCCAUUGUUAAUAUGAAAAUAAUUUGAUCAAUAAAAUAAAAAAUGAAGAGCACACAAAAGUUUAUUCUGUAGUAAAAAUAUUUGAUAUUAAAAAUAUUUUUAAACUAAAAACCUGUCACCAUAUUCUUGGAAUUUAAUGUAGAUAUUAUAAAAACUUAAUUUUUGUGGUGAGUUUUUGUAAAGGAAUUGCACAUUUGGAUUUUUUUUUGCAGUUUUACAAAAAAGUAAGUUUUCUAUGGAAACUGAACAGCUGAUAUAAAAGCAUGCUUAUUACAAUAGUUGGUAGAUUACUGAAUUAGAAAGUAUAGUAAUGUUUUUCCGAGCAUUCUAUGCUUUUUUUUGGUGCACAGUGCAAUUUCAUUUCCUUUGAAAUUGUUUUAUGCAAAUAAAGUUAAUAUUUCUGAUAA